AUGUUGUCCCAACAAGCUGUGAUCAACCAGGAGGUCGAUCUUAGAUCGGCAUCGUCAUACUUUUGUCAGCCUAGGCACAGCCAAGCUUGGGGUCGGGACCCUACUUUUGCGGAGUUGCUAGAUAAUGGCUUACACUUUUGCUAUUGGCUUAAGGUUAUGGUGAGAACAAGGGUAGAAGAUUCGGACGAGGCUACCUCGGCACAGUUGGACCGAAUGGAAAGAAUGAUUAUGGACAUGGCGGAGACCCUAAGGCAACAACAGCAACAACCGCCACCACCACCAGUACCUCCACCUGUAGUACAAGAUGUUCAUGUUGAGGACCGAACCAUCACUCUCACAAAGGAGUUUAAAAAGAUGAAACCACCGUCAUUUAAGGGGGGAAUAAAACCUAUGAAAGCUGAAGCAUGGGUACUGGGAAUAGAGAAAUUGUUCGAAGUAUUUCCAUGUACUGAAGCCCAGAAAGUGCAACUUGCCGCCUUUACUCUUGAAGAUGAGGCGCGAAGAUGGUGGAUGCUUACAAGAACAGUGCAUCGGGACUUAACAUGGGGUAGAUUUCUGGAGCUGUUCUAUGAUAAGUAUUUUCCUCAAAGCAUGCGAGAUAAGAAGGUGACGGAAUUCGAGACUCUUAGACAAGGAAAUAAGACUGUUGCAGAGUAUGAGGCCCAAUUUGCUGAAUUAGCUCGGUUUGCACCUCAUAUGGUACUAGAAAGGGCUGUUAUCGCAGAAGGAAACCUUGCGGCCCAGAAUCGGAUUUCCGAGUGGAAAGGGAAGAGACAAUACAACCAAUGGUCAAAGAGAUCCGUUACUCCACCCGCUAAGAAGCACAAUUCAGGGAACUUCAGCACCACUACUACUACUCAAAAUUCCACUCCGUGGGCUCAACAAAAAGGCAAUAGAUCCGCUACAAGUUCCGCGGGGUCUACACUAACCCCCAAUGCGAAGGCGGCUGCCAAACCGAGUAAUAACAAAGACACUGCAAGACAAGGUAGGGUGUUCGCUUUGGUUCCCGGUGAUGUACAAAAUACAGCAACAGUGGUGUCAGGUACAUUUACUGUUUAUGGUCAAUUUGCGCAUGUAUUGUUUGAUUCUGGCUCCACUCACUCUUUUGUGUCGAAACUCUUCGCUCCUAAUUUAGAUAAAAUUGAAGAAAACUUAUCUUACAUGUUGUGUGUGUCCUCCCCCUUGGGAGAGUCUAUGAUUUGUGCUACUAUAUACCUAGCUUGUGAACUUCAACUUGGGGAUAUUCGGGUGUAUGCUAAUUUAGUGCCUCUCGAUAUGACCUAUUUUGAUGUUAUUCUGGGGAUGGAUUGGCUAAGUGCUUACGGUGCAACUAUAAACUGUGUGACUAAGCAAAUUAAUUUCUAUCCUCCGGGACAAUCAGAGUCUAUGGUUCAAGGACAGGAAGUGAUUUCGCCACCUUAUCUGAUAUCUGCCGUGAAGGCUUGCAACUUAAUACGAAAAGGUUGUCAGGGGUAUUUAUGUAGUGUUUUGGAAGGGCAAGGGAUGAAUGAGAAUAUUGAUGUGAUCCCAGUGGUCCGUGAAUUUCUGGAUGUUUUUCCCGAAGAAUUGCCGGGCCAACUAAUAGAUCGAGAAAUCGAGUUUAUAAUUGAAGUGGCGCCUGGAACCCAACCCAUUUCGAAGACACCCUAUAGGAUGUCACCAGCUGAAAUGAAAGAGUUAAAGGUUCAAUUACAGGAUCUGCUUGACAAGGGAUUUAUCCGCCAGAGUAUAUCUCCUUGGGGUGCGCCGGUAUUGUUCGUGAAAAAGAAGGACGGAACACUUCGGUUAUGUAUCGACUAUAGGGAACUGAAUAAGGUGACAAUUAAAAAUUAG